CCCCGCCCCCAAGCUGUAGGAUGGUGAUUGGGCGAGUGGAACAUGGCGGAGAAAAGCCAGGCGAAGCGCUUACGGGAGGGAGAAGACAGAAAAAUGGACUGGCGCAAAUGGAAGCAGGAAAAGAAGGAGGAGAAGAAGAAAUGGAAGGAGCUGAAGCUGUUGAGGAAACUGGAUAAGAAGAUGAUGCAGGAAGUGGCAGAGAAACAGAAAGAGGAGGCAAAGCCCAUUGAAGAUAAAGGACGCAACUACACAGUCAGCGUUGCCCUUCCGGGCUCCAUUCUCAGCAAUGCCCAGUCGGCAGAGUUGCGGACUUACCUUGCCGGGCAGAUUGCCAGGGCCUGCGUCAUCUUCUGCGUGGAUGAGAUUGUGGUGUUUGAUGAGCAAGGGGAGGAUUCAAAGACGGUGGAAGGUGAAUUUGAAGGGGUCAAGAAGAGAGGUCAGGCCUGCGUGCAGCUGGCCCGGAUUCUGCAGUACCUGGAAUGCCCCCAGUACCUUAGGAAGUCUUUUUUCCCCAAACACCAGGACCUCCAGUUUGCAGGGCUCUUAAACCCCUUAGACAGCCCUCACCACGUGCGGAUAGGUGAGGAAUCGGAGUAUCGGGAAGGAGUGGUUUUGUCACGGCCCACCAAGCCUGGCCGGGGAUCCUUUGUGAACUGUGGAAUGCAAAAGGAGGUACAAAUCGAUAAGCAGCUGGAGGCAGGCCUUCGUGUCACAGUGCAUCUCAACCCACAGCAAAACCCAGAGAGCAAAACACAGAAGGGGGUGGUCGUUUCAUCGCACCAGCCCCGAACUGCUUCUGGGCUCUACUGGGGCUACAGCGUCCGCUUGGCAUCCUGUCUGAGUGCUGUGUUUGCUGAGUCCCCAUAUAAAGAAGGCUACGACCUCUCCAUUGGAACCUCUGAGCGAGGGGCCUCCGUAGACCAGGCAACUCUGCCUCCUUUCAGACAUGCUUUGAUAGUUUUCGGAGGCUUGCAAGGCCUGGAGGCAAGCGUGGACAUGGACCUGAACCUGGAGGUCACAGAUCCAAGCACCUUGUUUGACUUUUAUUUGAACACCUGUCCGGGGCAGGGCAGCCGCACCAUCAGGACCGAGGAAGCAAUUCUCAUCUCUCUGUCGGCGCUGAGACCUCGGAUUGAAGAAGCAGUGAAGAAAGGCAGCAGCCACUGAACAGAAGCAGAAACUCAAGCGUCCAACAUGGGCAGACCAUCACCAAUCUUUACCUCUCCCAGCCAACUUAACACCGAAAUGUGAAGCAGGACCAUCUUCUCUCUCUGGUGGGAGGUCAGGAAACUAACCUCCCUGCUGCCACUGGAUGAUUGAGAGCAGAGCAGGU